UUUAGAUUGUAUUAACAAAAUGUUUUUGUUUACCGACCUGAACUCUUAAUACGAAAUAUUGUGGUCGGGCUACCUGUGUGUUCUUUGGGCUUCCUGUGUCUUUCUCCAGCGCGGUACAUCAAACAUGGCGGACGAUGAAGUUAUUCGGAAAAGGCUUUUAAUUGACGGAGAAGGUGUUGGAGAUGACAGAAGAAUAACCACGUUGUUGAAGACAUUCCUGAAAUGGUGCAAUAAUGACGAAGAAAAAGAUCCGUCAUAUCAGAAAAUGUUUGCCCAGUUGGCGCAAUGUGAGAUUGCAAUGGGAAAAACACAAGCAGUUUAUGAGAUGAAUGAAAGAGAAACGACAAACUAUGAAAAUGUUUUCAAAGAAAUUGGAGUCCAACAUCCAUCGAUAACUUUUGAAUAUUUAUUUCUUUUGUUUCCAGAAUAUGAUGCUUUGGCUCAAGGUAUUGCUAAGCACCCAGAAAGACAAGAAACCAUGAGACAAAUAGAAGAACUGGAAAAAGUCCUGACGCAACAAACUGAAACAAAAGAAAGUUUGGCAAGCAAGCUUGAGCUCAGAAAGAAACAGUUUUAUUUAUUGAUCAAAACUAUACAUGAACUUCAAAACAUGAUUGAUGAGGACAAGACAGAUCAAGAAAGUCAAUUUUCAAGUGAAGUGGGAGCUGAGCCAUCAAGUAGUAAAGUUACAUCUGUUAAUAAUACAUCUAGUGAAAAAUCUACACUUGCCAUGGAUACUACUUGAUCAUUUCAUCACGUGGCAGCAGACAUGUUAGAUGACAGGAACUAUACAAUUGUUUUAUGAUUGAGAACGAAUUCACCUUUUUGGUGCUAGAAGUCACGUGGUAUAAAUGGUGUUGAAUUGUGUUACGCUACCAAUAAAUAAAAAGUACGGACAUUGUUCAGAAUUCCCAUACAAAUUCACUGACUUUGGAAAGAAAAUUCAGAUUGAUUUCUUUAAGGUUAGCUCUCUAAACAGCAGUGAGAAAAGCUUCAAUCAAGUUUAAAAAAAUAUUUUGCUCGUAAUAGACCUCCUCGGCUCUGGAGCGCUCAAGCAUAAUGUUGUCCCAUUUCAGACCAUGUGUCAU